AUAUCGAUACUAUCGAUAAGCAGCAACAAAAUUACCCAAAAAGAAGUUGCUACUACUGCUGCACAAAAAGAAAAGCACACACAAUUCUCAUAUUGCAUAUAGCACGCGCCUAACCAAAGUCUCUGGCUGUGUGUAUGUGUGUUUGCAAAGCAAACAAUAAUUUCAAAACAGUUGACAGGCGGCUCUGGCCCAGUGCAAUAGUCGUUGUGUGAGCAGUAAGCUGGAAGCAUGCUGUGGACGGUGCAUCUGGAUGGUGGACCACAGCGGGUCAAUCAUGCAGCCGUUGGCGUUGGCGAGUUCAUCUAUAGCUUUGGCGGCUAUUGCACAGGCGACGAUUACCGAUUCAAUGAGCCCAUCGAUGUGCAUGUGCUGAACGUGCACUCGAUGCGCUGGACUCUGGUGCCGCAGCAGUGCGACAACGAUGGCGAUCCUUUGAAGUAUCCGCUGGUGCCGUUCCAGCGUUAUGGCCACACUGUGGUCGCCUACAAGGAGCGCAUCUACAUUUGGGGCGGCCGCAACGACGAGCAUCUGUGCAAUGUACUCUACUGCUUCGAUCCGAAGACGGCGCGCUGGACACGUCCAGCGGUCAGUGGCUGCUUGCCGGGCGCGCGCGAUGGCCAUUCGGCGUGUGUCAUCGGCAAUUGCAUGUAUAUCUUUGGCGGAUUUGUGGACGAGAUAAACGAGUUCAGCAGCGAUGUGCAUGCGCUCAAUCUGGAGACGAUGGAAUGGCGUUAUGUGCAAACGUUCGGUGUGCCGCCGACGUAUCGAGAUUUUCAUGCAGCCGUUGCGUACGAGGAGGAGCGCAUGUAUAUCUUUGGCGGGCGCGGCGACAAGCAUAGUCCGUAUCAUAGCCAGGAGGAGACCUAUUGCCACGAAAUUGUCUAUUUGGACAUGAAGACGAAGGUGUGGCAUCGCCCCUUCACCGCUGGCAAGGUGCCAGUGGGUCGACGCAGCCACAGCAUGUUUGUCCAUAACAAACUGAUCUUUGUCUUUGGCGGCUAUAACGGUCUGUUGGACCAGCACUUUAACGAUCUGUACACAUUUGAUCCGCGCACCAAAUUGUGGAAUUUGGUGCGUGCCAAUGGCCAGGCGCCAACAGCACGACGACGUCAGUGCGCCAUUGUGAUGGGCACACGCAUGUUCCUCUUUGGCGGCACCAGUCCACGCUGUUCCCUGCCACCGGCGCAGACAUCUAUGUCGCGUGCCAACGACUCAACGCAACCAACGCCGCCGCCGGCACCGCAACAGCAACAACAGCAGCCAGCAGCUGCAGCAGCGGCAGCAGCAGCAGCAGCGGCGGCCGCCGCAGCAGCAGCAACUACCACACUAAUUGACUACAGCGAUCUGCAUGUGCUGGACUUCGAGCCCACACUCAAGACGCUGGCCACAAUGGUGGUGCUGAAGUAUCAAUUGGACAUCUCGGGCUUGCCGCGCAGCUUUCGAGCGGAUCUGAAUAUGCUGACGCAGCCGAACAGUAUUACACGGCCGAUCAACCAGGCUGGCUAGCAUUUAUUGUUCUUGUUGCAACUGUUGCUACAUCUAAAUCAACAUAAGCGCAUAGUUAAUAUAUAUACAAUUUGGAUGAUGCAGCCAGGUGCGAGUCGUCUCUGCCACAAUCAAUGAGAGAAUCGCGAGAAUAUAGCUUAACUUAAACACACGCUUCUUAACACAACGCUUGCUGGAAGGCGGAUUGCACUAGUCCCAGUAGAAGUCGAGCAAUCCAUCCGAUCUCUUCCGAAAGUGCUCGAAAUAUCAAAAUGACACCAUAUAAAAACACACACACACAGACUCAUACGCACACACAGACUCAUACGCACACACAUACACAUACACAUACACAUACACAGACACAUACACAAUAAAACCAAUAAAGUUUCAGAAACUUGCUUGGACAAACAAUUACAUAAUUAGCUCUAGUUUGUAAAGUGUUUAUAUAUAAUUAUCUUAAAUAAAAAUCGCAUAUUAUUAUUAAAAGAA